UUGGAGGGGUGCGUGCGAGAGAUUUUGCGGGCUUUAGGAGAAGACGUCGAGCGAGAGGGAUUAUUAGACACCCCCUCGCGCGUGGCCAAGGCGUUGAUGUUCGCGACGCGCGGUUACGACGCGUGCGCGACGGUGGCGCUAGGGACGGCGCUGUUUCACGAGACGGGCAUGGCGAACGCGAUGCGAACGACGACGACGAAUGAGAUCGCGAAUGGCACGCACGAUAUGGUGCUCGUGAGGGAUAUUCCAGUGUUCAGCACGUGCGCGGAGACAUUCAUGCCGUUCUACGGGGUGAUUCACGUCGGGUACGCCCCGAACGCGGGCGUCAUCGUUGGCUUGAGCAAGCUCGCGCGCGUCGCGGAGGUGUACGCGAGACGAUUACAAACCCCAGAUGGGCUGCAAGUGCAAGAGCGACUCACGCGCGAUGUCGCAGAAGAAGUUAGCAAACUUACGGGAGGAUUAGGGGUCAUGGUGGCCGCGCGCGCGGCGCAUCUUUGCAUGGUGAGUCGAGGUGUGGAAAAGCCGGGGAGUUCGACGUGCACAGUGACGAAACUCGGUCGUUUUGCCUCCGAGCCCGCGCUGCGCUCG